AUGGAAAAGACUCAAAAUUCUGCUUCAGGCUUUGAGUGUCAUAUAUGUAUGGAGACUGCGAAAGAAGCCGUAGUAACACAAUGCGGGCAUUUAUAUUGCUGGGCCUGUAUUAGUCAGUGACUUAACCAAAAUAGACAAGAAAGGACAUGCCCAGUCUGCAAAUCGGGUAUUGAUCCAGACAAGAUGGUCCCUAUUUAUGGAUCAACUAACAAAGAGAGGAGCAACUCUGAAAGGCCAAAAGCUCAAUGGGAAAAGCCAAAGCCAAACCCUGAGUAUAGUAGGUUUAGAGGCUUUCAAGAAGGCAUGGAUAGAUCUGGAAUAAAUUUUUCUGCUGGAUUCGGACUAUUCCCAGGCAUGUUUGGAUUCACAAUCGGGACUAAUUUUAACCAAAACGACCCAAGAGCCGACACAUUGAGCAAAAUCAUGAUGAUUAUAGGAUUAUUGAUAAUUUUGGCUAUUGUUUUCUAA